AUGUCUUCGCUUCGCAAGUUGGCACAAAUGAUCAGCGCGAUCGCCGAUCAGCUUGAGCAGCACAAAGAAUCCUGCGGUUCAGACGGCAGAACAGAAUCGAAGGAGUGGCUUCAAACCUUGCCAAAAGAGUUAGGACAAAGUCGUCUGGACCUCAUUGAUGCCAUCCAAGACUUGAAAACCCAAGUGCAGAGUACUGAAUCGUGCCUCGAAGACCUCCUAUUUAGUUAUGCCAAUACCACCUCUCUUCACAUUAUUUAUGCAUUGAGGCUUCCCCAGUAUAUACCAGUUACCGAAUGUGCAUCGUACAGCAGCAUAGCAGAGUCAUGUGGAGUCAAUGAGGCUGUGUUGCGCCGAUUGUUCCAUUAUGCUAUGACGAAUCGCCUGUUCACUGAGCCGAAACCAGGAUACGUGGCUCAUACUCCCAUGUCUCGACUUCUACUUUCGGAUUCGGAUGCUUUCGAUGCUCUUGGAAUGACUCUUGAGGAAAUGAUGCCUGCUUCUCAUGAACUCUUGGCGGCAAUCAACAAAUACCCUAAAUCAGUUGAGCCAAAUGAGACGGCCUAUAACAUUGCUCAUGACACCAACCUACCUCUGUACCAGUUUUUAGCUAAGAAUCCGGAACGAGCUCGUCGAUUUGGUGCUGGCAUGAAAUACUUCACACGAGGUGAUCACACCGACCUCAAACACGUUCUCGAAGCGUUUCCGUGGAAGGAUUAUGAUCGGGACAAUGUUCUCAUGGUGGAUGUGGGAGGGGGCCAUGGCGUUGUGACUGCUAAGAUUGCAGAUGCAACUUCAAAGAUACGCUUCAUCGUUCAGGACUUGGCACAGGCUGUGGAGGUUGGGAGGUCGUCACUUCCGCCAAUCUUGAAAUCCAGAGUGGAGUUUAUGACCCACGAUUUCUUCCAGGAUCAGGUUGUAAAGCAUGCGGAUAUAUACUUCUUCAGGUGGAUCAUGCACAACUGGAGCGACAAAUAUUGCCUACAGAUCUUGCGGAGUCUUACACCGGCGAUGAAACCUAGAGCUAAGGUUUUGCUUUAUGAACAUGUUCUCCCAGAUGUCCCGAAUGACAAACCAAGCCAAAAAGGCGGAAUGUACCUAGAUAUGGUAAUGUUGGGUUGCUGCAAUGGUUGCGUACGUACCGAAAAAGAUUGGCAGAAGUUGUUCUUGGACGCAGAUGCAAAUUUUACUUUGGAAGGCAUUAGAAGAGUUCCUGGGAGUUCGUUGAGCCUCAUUGAGGCUACGUGGAAGGAGUGA